GUUAAACAGUUUGCUGUAAUUUUUGUGGCGCAGCAGUAGUGUCAAACUUGUGCCGGAAUGUCGUGCUCGUGUUGAUCUCUUGGACGUUUCGCCGCGUUCUAUGAUGACAUAUGAGGUGAAUUUUCCGGGUGGAAAUUUUACAGGGGAAGGGGACGGCUCGAACGAGACCUUGGAUUCUUUUUACUUUUACGAGGUUGAGCAGUUCACAGUGCUAUGGCUGUUGUUCAUAGUGAUAGUUGUCGGGAAUAUUGCAGUUUUGUACACAUUGUUGGUUGGAAGAUCCAGAAAGAGCAGAAUGAACUACUUCAUAAGACAUCUGGCUUUUGCUGAUUUAUGCGUUGGACUCAUAAGUGUCUUAACAGAUAUAGUAUGGAGAGCCACAGUAAGCUGGUAUGCAGGAAACAUUGCUUGUAAAAUCAUUAAAUUCCUACAGGUUGUUGUCACCUACGCAUCAACAUAUGUACUGGUGGCUUUGAGCAUUGAUAGAUAUAAUGCCAUAAGACACCCAAUGAAGUUUUCAGGGAGUUGGAGAAGGGCCAAAUGCUUGAUACUUACGGCAUGGAUAUUCAGCGUCAUUCUAUCGAUACCGAUUUUAUUUUUAUACGAGGAAAAAAUUGUGCAGGGUCAGACCCAGUGUUGGCUGGAAUUUUCAGAGCAAUGGAAGUGGAGGUUGUACAUGACCCUGGUGUCGAUAUCUUUAUUCGUUAUACCGGCAGCUAUAAUAGCCACUUGCUAUGCUGUUAUUAUAGCUAUCAUUUGGACCAAGAGCUCGAAAGCAUUCGCAAAAAUGAAGUAUGACGCGCAUAAUCCACAAAGGCCAGGGUCGGAUUCCAAAAGGGUUAGUUCGAGAGGUCUGAUCCCAAGGGCUAAAAUCAAGACGGUGAAGAUUACUUUGGUUAUCGUGAGUGUGUUUAUCCUUUGCUGGAGUCCAUAUAUUAUAUUCGAUCUUCUGCAAGUUUAUGGACAAAUACAGCCAACCCAGACGAAUAUUGCUAUAGCAACAUUCGUGCAGAGCCUGGCACCAUUGAAUUCAGCAGCGAAUCCAAUAAUAUACUGCAUAUUUUCAACCCAUCUUUGCAGCACAAUUGGAAAUCUUUCCCCUUUCAAGUGGUUCACGAUGAGAAUGAAGAAGUCUUCAGAAUCGACAACAAACACGCAAAGCAGCAGUUUGUCAGAGUUCCUCACAAAUAACACCACCAAUAAGAAGAGGACCGUUUCUGUAUCAACGAACGCUCAUAUUGUGCUAGUACAUUAAAGAUAAAUAGGUUCAAUGAUGUCAUCAACAUUCGUGUCUAGGAAAUAAGUAGCAUUUGUCCGAUGGGGUGAUCUGUGACCCAUAUUUCUUUUUGUACCCUUGCUUCCGAGGAAAUUAUGUGAAACUUCCAAGUUGGAACCUAGAUUGUUCCGUUUUUAUACUUUUAGUUUGAAUAAAGACAUUUUUCAUAUA